AUGGCAGCUGAGGAAGCUGAAAGUCUGACUUCAACAUUCAAAGAAACACUGAUGGAGGAAGUAAAAACAACGAUCGAAAAGCUUUGCAGGAGAGCCAGAGGCAUACAGUCUCCAUCUCGAGAGUCUCCAAGGGCGAUUAUGAACAACUUCUCCAGACGUUGGGUCUCAAAUUGGAAUCAAUUGAUUAUGACAUAG